AUGACAACUCUGGAGGUCAUCAUUAGAGGAAAGAAUGCUGAAGGUGACAGUGAAACCAAGCUGGAGGAAGUGUGUGUCCCUAUAAGGGACAUUCUUGGCAAAGUUUGUGCAGGGCUACUUCAAAAUGCCCAGGUCUUGGAUAAACUGAAAGCUGAACGUGAGUGUGGUAUCACCAUUGAUAUCUCCCUGUGGAAAUUUGGGACCAGCAAAUAUUAUGUGGCCAUCAUUUAUGCCCCAGGACACAGAGACUUCAUCAAAAACAUGAUUACAGGCACAUCUCAGGCUGACUGUGCGGUCCUGAUUGUUGCUACUGGUGUUGGUGAAUUUGAGGCUGGUAUCUCCAAGAACGGGCGGACCCGUGAGCAUGCCCUUCUGGCUUACACACUGGGUGUGAAACAACUAAUUAUUGGUGUUAACAAAAUGGAUUCCACUGAGCCACCCUACAGUCAGAAGAGAUAUGAGGAAAUUGUUAAAGAAGUCAGCACGUACAUUAAGAAAAUUGGCUACUAUCCUGACACAAUAGUGUUUGUGCCAAUUUCUGGUUGGAAUGGUGACAACAUGUUGGAGCCAAGUGCUAAUAUGCCAUGGUUCAAGGGAUGGAAAGUCACCCAUAAAGAUGGCAAUGCCAGUGGAACUACACUGCUUAAAGCUCUGGAUUGCAUCCUGCCACCAACUCAUCUAAGUGACAAGCCCUUGCAUCUGCCCCUCCAGGAUGUGUACAAAAUUGGUGGUAUUGGCACUGUCCCUGUCGGCCGAGUGGAGACUGGUGUGCUCAAACCUGGUAUGGUGGUCACCUUUGCACCAGUCAAUGUGACAACUGAAGUAAAGUCAGUUGAAAUGCACCAUAAAUCUCCA